AUGCGCACUGAGCUGACCAAUCAGCGAGGAGCGCGGGAAGCCAGGUCGGGUCUCUUUCCAAUAGAGUCUUGUGGUGCCAGCGUCUGUAGGUUCUGUGAAGGAGACAUAUCAGGGGUCCCUCAGCCACCCCGGGGGACGGGCUGGACGAGCCAGGACGGGAGGGGACACUGGCAUCUUCUCCGUCCCCUCCUGCUCCCACAGGAGACUCGGGGAGGGUCAGCCCCACCCAUCUUGAACUCGCGGUCCCGAUGGCUUUCCUUUUCGACGCCUCUUUUCCUUAGCUUCCUUAUGUCUUUGCGCUCAUCAGGUUCAGGGGUCGCCUGUAGCUUCCCAGGACGGUCAGCCAUGGCACCCGUCAGCAGGAAGCGCAGCAGGAGGGCUGCCAAGGCCCAGUUGAAGGUUCAAGUUAUGGCCGCCCACGAGAAGGAGCAUGCAGGAAAGGAUCCAAUAAACGAUGAGCGUGAGGAGAGAAAUCCUUUUGCAGAAACAGGGGAGGAAGAUGUAACUACUGGGCAUGGCGAAAUAGAACCUUUUGCUGAAACAGAUGAACACAAGGGGGUUGAUACCAAGAAGCCAGAAGAUACUGCAGUUGGUGCAAAUAAUUUCAAAAAUCAUCCUGUACAUAUUUUCGUCUCUAGUGAACAACAUAUUUUACUUGACUGUUCCCUAAGCAAGCAGAAACGUGAUUAUAAACAUUCUCUGAAGUUGCUGAAUGUCCUUGAUGAAUGCAUCGCAGAUGAGCAGAAACAUGAAGAAGAAGAAGAGGGAGAAGAAGAAGAACUGAUUAAAAUAUUUCAAGAACAACAGAAGAGGUGGUACCGAUAUAGAAGUCUUAGGAGAGAGAGACUGACAGCGAUGAAGCUGCUACGUGAGCAAUUCAUAAAGGUUAUCAAGAAGUUUGAAGACUAUUGUCGUGAAGUUUUUUCUGAUGAAGACAGUGAAUUUGAUAACUAGUCAUGUUUUUAAAUUUUGUCAGAGACUCUGUAGGAAGAGUUGGCCCUUAGUUGUCUCUCCAACCUCAGUUAUGCAGAUGACUGAAGAAGGAACUUGAACCUGUUACAUGAUACAAGCAUAAUUUGAACUACACUAAACCACAUGACAAUGUUUUGAUAAUUCUUGUGUAAAUCAGUUUAUCUUCUCUAUCAUUUUUCUGUUUGUUAAAUGCCAGACCUUGUUUCUAUGAUCUGUUGAAUGAACCCUAGACACUUCUGUGAGAAAGCAGCAAUUGCACAGUUACGUACAUGGUCAAUUAAAUUUUAACAUUAAAGAUCAUUUAAAUUUCA